AUGUUUCCAAAUGAGGCCCAUCAAUAUAUGGGGAUUCUCCAGUUACUGCUGCAUUUCAGUUGGACAUGGAUUGGGGUGAUGCAUACAGAGGAUCGCAAUGCGGAAAAUUUUGUACAUGAUGUGCUUCCUGUGUUUUCCAGGAGCAACAUCUGCUUUGACUUUAUAGAAAGAUUUCCCAUCCUAUCGUUUUCCACUGCGGUUGCAGAUAUUGUAAUAGAAGGGAAGAAAGUAUUUCGUACUGCCACAAGAAGCUCGGCCAAUGUAGUAGUUGUCUGUGCUGAAAGUCAAACCAUGGUAAAUGUCAGAACAAUACUGCAAAGCUUAGAAUUUGACAAUGAACCUGUGAAGGCAAAAGUCUGGAUUAUGACUGCUGAGAUGGAGUUUACAUCACUUGCCUUUCAAAGAGAGUGGACCAUACGCUUCAUCCAUGGGGCAAUCUCCCUCUCAGUUCCUUCCAAGAAGUUGCUCGGAUUUGAGAAAUUCACGCAGAUGAGAAACCCUACAGAGGACAAUGAAGAUGGCUUCAUCAAAGACUUCUGGGAAGAUGCAUUUGCCUGUUCUUUGUCCGAACGCUUGGAGGAGAACAAUGGGGAGCCAAUUUGCACUGGAGGAGAGAAACUGGAGAAUCUUCCCAAGACAGUUUUUGAAAUGAGCUUGAAUGGUCACAGCAACAGUGUGUAUGAUGCCGUCUAUGCUGUGGCACAUGCCUUACAUGCCGUGCAUUUACUAAGAUUCAAGCAAUCAGUCAUGGGCAAUAAAGGAAAUCAGAAGCCAUUUCUGCUCCACCUCUUUCUGAGAGGAGUCUCGUUCAACAACAGCGCUGGGGAGACGGUUGCCUUCAAUCAAAAUGGAGAGUUAAUAGGUGGAUUUGAUAUUAUCAACUGGGUCACAUUCCCAAACCAGUCCUUCCUCAGAGUCAAAGUUGGGAAAAUAGACCCCGGGGCUGCCUCACCCAAAGUGCUCACUAUCAAUGAAGAGGCCAUCAUAUGGCCCAGCAGGUUCAACCAGACACUGCCCUUUUCCCUGUGUAAUGAGCCGUGCCUGUUGGGUCAUAGUAAGACCAAGAAAGAAGGGAAACCAUUUUGCUGCUAUGAUUGUGUUUCAUGCCCAAAAGGAAAGAUUACAAACCAGACAGAUAUGGAUGACUGUUUCCAGUGCCCCGAAGACCAUUAUCCUAACACUGACCAAGAUUCAUGCCUUCCAAAGGACAUCAGCUACCUGUCAUAUGAAGAGCCUUUAGGGACUAGUUUGGCUAGUUUGGCUCUUUCCCUAUCUUUCGUCACAACUUGGGUCUUGGGUACUUUUGUGAAGCAUCAGAACACGCCUAUUGUGAAGGCCAACAACUGCAGCCUCUCCUACAUUCUCCUCGUCUCUCUCUUCCUGUGUUUCCUUUGUACUUUUCUCUUCCUUGGAAGACCUGAGAAAGGGACAUGCCUCAUCCGUCAAGCUGCGUUUGGCAUCAUUUUCUCAGUGGCUGUUUCUUGCGUGUUGGCCAAAACCAUCACUGUGAUUCUAGCCUUCGUGGCUACCAAGCCAGGGUCCAGGAUGAGGAAAUGGGUGGGGAGAAGACUCGCCAGCUCAAUAGUAAUUUCCUGUUCCCUCUUUCAAGCCACUCUCUGUUCUGUGUGGCUUGCAACCUUUCCUCCCUUCCCCCAUUUUGAUAUGCACUCAGAGGCUAGAGAAAUUAUUGUGGAAUGUAACGAAGGGUCAGUGGUCAUGUUCUACUUUGUCCUGGGCUUUCUGGGGCUCCUGGCAGCUGUGAGCUUCACUGUGGCCUUCCUAGCCAGGAAGUUACCAGAUAGUUUCCAUGAAACCAAAUCCAUCACCUUCAGCAUGCUGGUCUUCUGCAGUGUGUGGAUGACUUUUGUUCCCACUUAUUGGAGCACCAAGGGGAAAUAUAUGGUGGCUGUGGAAGUCUUCUCCAUCUUGGCCACCAGUGCUGGCUUAUUGGGAUGUAUCUUCUUCCCCAAAUGCUACAUCAUUGUGCUUAGACCUAAUCUAAAUAAGAAGGAGCAACUGAUAAAGAGAAACAAAUAA